CCCAAACCUACUGAAUCAGAACCUGCAGUUUAACAAGAUCUCCAGGUGAUUCCUAUACACAUUAAAGGUUGAGAAGGCAGUGCUUUCCAAACUUGCCCAUCAAGAGAAUCUCUUGGAGGGUUUAAAAUUUAGAAUCCUCGGCUCCCUAUCUGAUGACUUGGAUUUAGAAGGUGUGGGACUUCCCAGAAAUUGCUACAAUUAAGCCCCUCUGGAUGACUGUUAUGGUCAGGCCAGCAUGGGAACUCCUGUUCAUUUUCCUCAGUCCUGUGUUCCUUGGACAAGACCAAGCCACAAAGCCAGAGAAAAACCUUUAGCUCCACAAUCGUGACAAGACAGCAGCUGCUCGCUCCCCUAGAAACAGGAACUUGGGGAAGGUGGCUUCUCGAUGGUCUGUGAUGCCGUCAGAGGAAACCGGUGGUUGUGAGAACCACAGAGUCUGCAGACGGAGCUGGAGCUCCAAGGACCCUGCGCCUAUGUCUCUAUGGUAGAGCUCAAAGAGUCCUGGGCCUUCCUUCCUGGCUCGGCUGUGCUUGGGAGGGUUCCCCAGUCUAGAAUCCAUAAGGAGCAUGGGGCAGCUGAUGCAUUCCUGGUGUACAAACUGCUGACCGCAGACGGAUGCUGAGCUACCCAAACCAACACCUAGCCUCUCCCUGAAGAUCCUCCCAGGCUGGGAGAACACUGGCAGACUUCCAGAGGGUCCCUGAAAGCCCUAACCUGUUCAGCCAGAGCAUGCAUCUCAGCGGAGCCCUCUUCCCAAGCCUUUGAGGACAAACCAAUUUCCCUCGAUGAUGUGCUUCUAUGUGCUCUGCUGAGGAACAAUGGGAAGUCUGCCCAGCAGAAGAAAAUCCCUGCCAAGUCCAAGCUUGAGCCCCUCUGUCCAAGGCCAGGGACCUGUGUCCAUGGAAGCAGAGAGAAGCAAGGCCACAGCCGUGGCCCUGGGCAGUUUCCCGGCAGGUGGCCAGGCCGAGCUGUCGCUGAGACUCGGGGAGCCAUUGAUCAUCGUCUCUGAGGAUGGAGACUGGUGGACGGUGCUGUCUGAAGUCUCAGGCAGAGAGUACAACAUCCCCAGUGUCCACGUGGCAAAAGUCUCCCAUGGGCUGACCCUGUCCCUUGUCCCUCUCUCUUGCUUCUCCAGGUGGCUGUAUGAGGGCCUGAGCAGGGAGAAAGCCGAGGAACUGUUAUUGUUACCUGGGAACCCUGGAGGGGCCUUCCUCAUCCGAGAGAGCCAGACCAGGAGAGGCUGUUACUCCCUGUCAGUCCGCCUCAGCCGCCCUGCUUCCUGGGACCGGAUCAGACACUACAGGAUCCAGUGCCUUGACAAUGGCUGGCUGUACAUCUCACCGCGCCUCACCUUCCCCUCACUCCAGGCCCUGGUGGACCAUUACUCUGAGCUGGCGGAAGACAUCUGCUGCCUCCUCAAGGAGCCCUGUGUCCUGCAGAGGGCUAGCCAGCUCCCUGGCAAGGACAUGCCCCUCCCUGUGACUGUGCAGAGGACACCACUCAACUGGAAAGAGCUGGACAGCUCCCUCCUGUUUUCUGAAGUUGCCACAGGGGAGGAAUCUCUUCUCAGUGAGGGUCUCCGGGAGUCACUUAGCUCCUACAUCAGCCUGACUGAGGAGGCCGUCUCUUUGGAUGAUGCCUAGGACCAAAGGAGAGGCAGAAAGGGAAACCAAGGCUGUAGCACCUAGAACCCCAGUUCAGUCCAACCUCCUGUGCAUGCUAGAGGCAAGGCUAUGCACUCAAGUGAGGGAGGGCUGGGACACAGAGGGGCAUCCAGGGUCCUACCUGUACCUUGCUCUUUCCUCCUUUGGCCUUAGGAAGUCACCUUCCUCUUCCCUGUGCUGUGAUCCCACCUGCAACCUCUAGUCUGAGUGCAGAAAAGUUGAGAGCAGGGCCAGGGUUCCAAAAAGAGAGUAAGCCUCCUGGGGGUAUGACCCAGCUAGU